AUGCCUUGGGAUUUGAUCCCCUUAAACUCCGGCUAUAGCAUUCCGGGCCUCGCGUAUGGAACUGGAACUCUGGGGAGUGGACAGUGGCCAAUAGAUCAGCUCACACAAGCCUUCGAUACAGGAUUCUAUCAUAUCGAUACCGCUCAGCUUUACAGGAACGAGGCCGAGGUUGGCAUUACCAUCGGCCAACUUGGGCUAGAGCGUUCCGAUGUAUUCAUCACAACGAAAUUUUCUGGCUUCAACGGACUCGAUAUCCCGACUUCCAUUCGAAAUAGUUUGGAAUAUUUGAACACGUCUUAUGUCGAUCUGUACCUCAUUCAUAAUCCGGAUAUAGCUGUGCCAGACAUACCAACUGUUUGGGCUCAGAUGGAGAAAGUCCAAGAAGAAGGUCUCGCCAGGAGCAUUGGCGUGAGCAACUUCAAUGAGAAGCAGCUAGAGAUUCUGCUAUCGUCCGCAAAGAUCAAGCCAGCUGCUAAUCAAAUUUACCUGCAGCCCUAUAACUACCAUCAACAGUCUCCGACUCUAGAGUUCGCCGCCAAAUACGACAUCGUAAUCGAGGCAUACAGUGCUUUGACGCCUAUCACGGGAGAGCCAGGAGGUCCAGUGGACGCUCCUUUGAAUGCAAUCGCCGCGAGGCUUGGAGCUACUACUGACCAAGUCCUCCUUGCAUGGGUCAAGGCAAAAGGUGCUGUUGUGGUAACCACCAGCUCCAAAAAAGCGCGUCUUCUAAGUUACCUUUCCGCUGGAGAUCUUGAACUAUCGGCAGAGGACAUCAAAGCAAUUGACACUGCUGGCGCUAUCGGAGAGAAGAGAAUCAUGGUCAGACGCGGGCUGCGUAAACUCGGGCUGGGCGUUUUGUUUGGAAUCGUGAUCUUGGUUGCCUGCAGCUAUUUCAAAGGUUCAAACAAGCGUAGGAACGUUGCAGAGGUGCUGGAGAUAAACGAUUGA